AUGGAACUGCCCAAAAUCACGUCUGGAGAGAAGGACGAGGAAAUCUGCCCCACUCACACGCUUCACAGGAUGGUGCAGGAUGGUAAAGGAUGGUGCAGGCCUCCGACAGAUGGAGAAGCCCUGGUCGAUCCAGAGCAGGGACUGAAGGCUGCCGACGUCGGCAUUGAAAUCAUAGGGAAAGGACCAGUACCAGUGGGGGCCGAGGCUCCUCCAUACAGCCAGUACCAGUGGGGGCCGAGGCCCCUCCAUACAACCAAUACCAGUGAGGGUCGAUGCCCCUCAAUACAGCCAGUACAAGUGGGGGCCGAGGCUCCUCCAUACAACCAGUACCAGUGGAGGUCGAGAACCCUCAAUACAGCCAGUACCAGUGGGGGUCAGGCCCCUCCAUACAGCCAGUACCAGUGGGGGCUGAUGCCCCUCAAUACAGCCAGUACCAGUGAGGGUCAAAGCCCCUCCAUACAACCACCAGUACCAGUGGGGGCCGAGGCUCCUCCAUACAGCCAGUACCAGUGGGGGCAGAGGCCCCUCCAUACAACCAGUACCAGUGGGGGCCGAGGCUCCUCCAUACAACCAGUACCAGUAGGGACCGAGGCUCCUCCAUACAACCAGUACCAGUGGGGGUCGAGGCCCCUCAAUACAACCAGUACCAGUGGGGACCGAGGCUCCUCCAUACAGCCAGUACCAGUGGGGGCCGAGGACCCUCCAUACAACCAGUACCAGUGGGGGCCGAGGCUCCUCCAUACAACCAGUACCAGUGGGGGCCGAGGCUCCUCCAUACAACCAGUACCAGUGGGGACCGAGGCUCCUCCAUACAGCCAGUACCAGUGGGGGCCGAGGCUCCUCCACACAACCAGUACCAGUGGGGGCCGAGGCUCCUCCACACAACCAGUACCAGUGGGGGCCGAGGCUCCUCCACACAACCAGUACCAGUGGGGACCGAGGCUCCUCCACAACAGGCCAGUGGGGGCCUCCACAACCAGUACAGCCAGUACCAGUGGGGGUGGGGGCCGAGGCUCCUCCAUACAACCAGUACCAGUGGGGACCGAGGCUCCUCCACACCAGUACCAGUGGGGCCAGUGUACCAGUGGGGACCACUCCUCCAUACAACCAGUACCAGUGGGGGUCUCCUCCAUACAACCAGUACCAGUGGGGGAGGCUCCUCCAUACAACCAGUACCAGUGGGGGCUCCUCCAUACAACCAGUACCAGUGGGGGCCGAGGCUCCUCCAUACAACCAGUACCAGUGGGGGCCGAGGCUCCUCCAUACAACCAGUACCAGUGGGGACCUCCUCCACACAACCAGUACCAGGCCGAGGCUCCUCCAUACAACCAGUACCAGUGGGGGUCGAGGCUCCUCCAUACAGCCAGUACCAGUGGGGGCCGAGGCUCCUCCAUACAUACAGUGGGGGCCAGUACCAGUGGGGGCCGAGGCUCCUCCAUACAACCAGUACCAGUGGGGGCCGAGCCGAGGCUCCUCCAUACAUACAGUGGGGCCAGUACUCCAUACAACCAGUACCAGGGGUGCCGAGGCUCCUCCAUACAACCAGUACCAGUGGGGGUCGAGGCUCCUCCAUACAGUACCAGUACCGAGGCUCCUCCACACAACCAGUACCAGUGGGGGCCGAGGCUCCUCCACACAACCAGUACCAGUGGGGGCCGAGGCUCCUCCACACAACCAGUACCAGUGGGGACCGAGGCUCCUCCAUACAGCCAGUACCAGUGGGGGUCGAGGCUCCUCCACACAACCAGUACCAGUGGGGACCGAGGCUCCUCCAUACAACCAGUACCAGUGGGGGCCGAGGCUCCUCCAUACAACCAGUACCAGUGGGGACCGAGGCUCCUCCAUACAACCAGUACCAGUGGGGGCCGAGGCUCCUCCAUACAACCAGUACCAGUGGGGACCGAGGCUCCUCCAUACAACCAGUACCAGUGGGGGCCGGGGCUCCUCCAUACAACCAGUACCAGUGGGGACCGAGGCUCCUCCACACAACCAGUACCAGUGGGGGCCAAGGCUCCUCCACACAACCAGUACCAGUGGGGACCGAGGCUCCUCCAUACAACCAGUACCAGUGGGGGAGGCUCCUCCAUACAGCCAGGUGGGGCUCCUCCAUACAACCAGUACCAGUGGGGGCCGAGGCUCCUCCAUACAACCAGUACCAGUGGGGACCGAGGCUCCUCCACACAACCAGUACCAGUGGGGGCCGAGGCUCCUCCACACAACCAGUACCAGUGGGGACCGAGGAUCCUCCAUACAGCCACCAGUACCAGUGGGGGCCGGUACCAGUGCGGACCGAGGCUCCUCCAUACAGCCAGUACCAGUGGGGGUCGAGGCUACUCCACACAACCAGUACCAGUGGGGACCGAGGCUCCUCCAUACACCAACCAGUACCAGUGGGGGCCCCCUCAAUACAGCCAGGCUCCUCCACACAACCAGUACCAGUGGGGACCGAGGCCAGUGGUGGUCCUCCACACCAGUACCAGUGGGGGCCGAGGCUCCUCCACACCAGUACCAGUGGGGACCGAGGCUCCUCCAUACAGCCAGUACCAGUGGGGCCGACACAACCAGUACCAGUGGGGGCUCCUCCACACAACCAGUACCAGUGGGGGCCGAGGCUCCUCCACACAACCAGUACCAGUGGGGGCCGAGGCUCCUCCAUACAACCAGUACCAGUGGGGACCGAGGCUCCUCCAUACAACCAGUACCAGUGGGGGUCGAGGCCCUCCAUACAACCAGUACCAGUGGGGACCGAGGCUCCUCCAUACAACCAGUACCAGUGGGGGUCGAGGCCCCUCAAUACAGCCAGUACCAGUGGGGGUCGAGGCCCCUCAAUACAACCAGUACCAGUGGGGGCCGAGGCUCCUCCAUCCUGCCAGUACCAGUGGGGGCCGAGGCUCCUCCAUACAGCCAGUACCAGUGGGGGCCGAGGCUCCUCCAUACAGCCACUGUAGGUUAGCAGCACAUUGGGUUGUGUGGCCUUGUCCCCAGGGCCUGCUCUAA